UCAGUAGCUAUUUUUUUUUACUUGUAAUAUUUUUUCUCGUGCGAUACGGCAAUACUAGUAUUUAAUAAAAAUUCAAAAGAAAACAUGGCGCGUGUUGGAAGUGUCUCUUUAAUGUUAAGUUUUUUCCUUUAUUCUUCAUUGUUAUUAUGUUUUUUCACAAGCAAGGUUAGGGCAAAUAUUGAGCUAGAUGAGGACAAUUGGAGACAAAUUCUGGAAGGUGAAUGGAUGGUUGAAUUUCAUGCCCCAUGGUGCCCAGCAUGCAAUGCAUUAUCCUCAGCAUGGAAAGAGCUGUCAAAUAAGGCACAGAGCAAGAAAUUUUCUAUGAAAGCUGCUGCAGUGGAUGUAACAAAGUCGCCUGGCCUAAGUGGUAGAUUUGUUGUGACUGCACUGCCAACAAUAUUUCAUGUAAAAGACGGUGAAUUCCGUCAAUACAAGGGUCCUCGUGACGCAAGCUCAAUGUUAGAAUAUGUGGAGAAAGCUCGUUGGAAGCAAACAGAAGCUGUGCCCUCAUGGAAGGCACCUGAUUCAAUGCAGAUGGGUGUGGUCGCUCACUUCUUUAAACUCAGCCAGGCUUUGAGAAGUGUACACAAUAUGUUGAUGGAAACAUAUGGUUUGCCAACUUGGGGAUCGUACCUUAUUUUUGCUAUUGUUACAAUAUUUAUUGGAGCAUUGCUGGGUUUGAUUCUCGUAUGUGUCAUCGACCUCUUAUACCCUCCUCGUCGGUCUGACAAAGUGUUUAUAUCCCGAGCUGAAGCUGAAAAGAGAGGAGAAGAGAAAAAGUCGGAUGAUGACCUGAUAAAUGAUGAUAUCGUGGAUGAAGCUGAGAACGCAGAUAGUGACGCCGAGAAAAAUUCACCCAGUGAUACAUCGGACGACGACAAAGACAAGGAUCUGGGCGCGGGGGAAGGUCAGUCGGGGGAGGGGAAAGGAGACAAACAGGAGGUGCGCAAGCGCAGGUCACGGAAGGCUGACUAAAUUACUUUUCAGUGGACAAAUGAUUAUUCAUAAACAUAGUAUUCCAAUGUUAAGUUGAUUGAAUAUAAUCAUUAUUUAUCUAUUUGAAGCUAUAAUGUAUGUUUAUGAAUAAGACAAUGAGUAUUAUUGCCAUUUUAUAUUAUUUUUAUCAUGAAUUGAAAAAUUGUUUUUCAACGAGGUUUGCAAGAAUGACUUGAGAUGGUGUAGGAAUAUUGACCAGUUCUAUUAUAUGGUUAUUUGUACUUGAGGUGAAUAAAUGCUCGUCUCUGUACUCAAAAAGUAUUUUUGUCGUUCUAUUUUCACAACUGAUGCGACCUCUAAAAAAUUCAAUAAACUACAUUUACAGAAUGUUAAAUGGCAAUGUACACUUAACGGUUAAUAUUCUAAGUAGAAACUCAGCGCUAAGUAUGAAACUCGCAUGUCAAAUACAAUAAGUUUUUGUCGUUCGGCAAUCAUACUUUGCCAAGUCUCGACUCUGAAUCUUCCCCUCGGAUGGUGUAGGCAACUCUUAUAUUUAUGAUCAAUCUCAAUAACCUGACUAUUCUGACUUUUCUGUCUUAAGACUGAUUUAUAAUUACUUUUUCAUCUAGUUAUUUUAUAUCUCUUGUCAUUGUACAUGUUCUAUCAGAUUAAGAUCACAAAAGGUUUCAAAUGUUUAUUGAGCAUUGAAAAUUCUUUCAUAAAUAAUUGCCUAAGAAUCUAAUCAUAUAUAUUUAAAAUAUAUUCAUACUUAUGUCAUAGAGGUGAAUUAAGUCUGCCUUAUGAAGGAAGUCCUUGAAAGUAGAGCUAAUGUCUAUUUAUUUUUAAAAAAGGUCUUCGAUAAGCUUAGUUCCAUAAAAUCCAUGGAAUACUUUUGUGGGACAUCUCUGUCUGUUCUAUGUAAUGUUUUAUUUUGAAACCACUUGUUACCCAUACAUUUAAUAGAAUAUAUUUUUUAUUGUAUUCGAUUUAUAUAUAUACGUUGCGCUCAACAUAGGAUUUAACCGUACAUAAUGAAAUAAUUUUCAGAAUAAUCGGAAUUUGAAAAUAACUGAGAUUAACUUAUCGUUAAUUGUAUUAAAUUUGACGAUAUGCAAGUUCCUGGUUUGCAUUUGGAUGUGUUUUCACUUUAGCACAAAAAUGUAGUGUAGGUUGUGCACUUAGUAUUAUUAAUUUAGGUUCGUUCUCACUUUCACUUGGUUACUGAGAUGGAAUAAAUUUGUGAAUUAAAAUUCGGUGUGUUAAAUUUAUUAAUGUAUAAAACCAAUUUGCACGUUCAAUUUAAAUGUUUUUUUUACAACAAAGUGUUUCAAAUAACUUAAAUCGCGUAAACCACGGUCACGUUCUUUUGGGUAAUAUCUUUUAAAUUCUAAAAUUAAUCUUAACUUAACUGACAUAAACAUUCCUAAGUAUAGCAACUGUACUUAUUGUAAAUUACAAAUAUCUGCUAACAUGACUAGCUGGUUGCCAUAUUUUUGACUCAGUAGGUCUGAUUAAAACUAUACGUAAAUAACGCUAACGUAGAACGCAUAUUAUAAGACGAAAAGCAGAAAUACGAUUUUAUUCUAAUAAAAUAUAAUUAAAUUCUAAAUAAAUAUAAAUAAAUCAUUAUUUUUGCUCCUCGUUAAAAAUUGCCUUGUAAAAACUUUACGAUUGCGUAAGUGUUGCAACUAACUUGUGACUUGCUAAUAAAUUGUAUUUAUAAUA